CCACACAUACUUUGAAACGUGGCACAAUAUAAGUGGGUCACCAAUGUAGCUGACAACUAUACCAUCUAUCUGAUCCGAUCGCUCUUAUAACAUAAGCGUAUGGGAUACCAUUUUCUCGGACAAAGCUGAAAUCCCUAAAGAAAAAACACUUCUCCAAACUUUUCAUCUCCGAUAUCUCUUUAACUAACAUGUAAGUAUAAUUAAACAGGAGGUUUCAGAGUUUAGGUUUCUUGCCUUGUUAUUCUCUUUAUUUAUUUCUUUAAUAAUUUAUCAAUGAUUUGUAUCGUAAACCCUAAUAGUUUACUACUUUUUUCUUGGCAGGUCGAAUAAUCAAGCUUUCAUGGAAUUGGGAUGGAGAAACGACGUCGGAUCACUUGCUGUGAAAGAUCAGGGCAUGAUGUCAGAAAGAGCAAGAAGUGAUGAAGAUCGUCUAAUCAACGGUCUAAAAUGGGGCUACGGCUACUUUGAUCAUGAUCAAACUGAUAAUUAUCUUCAGAUUGUUCCAGAGAUUCAUAAAGAAGUAGAAAAUGCGAAGGAGGAUUUAUUGGUUGUUGUCCCUGAUGAACAUUCUGAAACUGAUGAUCAUCAUCAUAUUAAAGAUUUUUCAGAGAGAUCAGAUCAUCGAUUUUAUCUGAGAAACAAACAUGAGAACCCCAAAAAACGUCGUAUCCAGGUCUUAAGUAGUGAUGAUGAAUCGGAGGAGUUUACAAGAGAAGUUCCUUCAGUUACUCGAAAAGGUUCCAAGAGAAGAAGAAGAGACGAGAAGAUGAGUAAUAAGAUGCGUAAGCUACAGCAACUCGUACCUAAUUGUCACAAGACGGACAAGGUUUCGGUUCUCGACAAGACCAUAGAGUAUAUGAAAAACCUUCAACUUCAACUUCAGAUGAUGUCAACAGUGGGGGUGAAUCCUUAUUUUCUUCCGGCGACAUUAGGAUUUGGAAUGCACAACCACAUGCUGACGGCAAUGGCUUCGGCUCACGGCCUAAAUCCGGCGAAUCACAUGAUGCCAUCGCCGCUAAUUCCGGCGUUAAAUUGGCCAUUACCACCGUUUACUAAUAUUUCAUUCCCACAUUCAUCUAGUCAAUCUCUAUUUCUUACAACAUCAUCACCAGCUUCUUCUCCUCAGUCUCUUCACGGUUUGGUUCCUUAUUUCCCAAGUUUCUUGGAUUUUUCUUCCCAUGCGAUGAGAAGACUAUGAUAAGUAAGUAGCUCGAUAAAAGUUUAUGUGAAAUGAUCGUUGACUAAUUAAGAGAGAAAAGAGUUCCAAAUUAGGACAGUUUGUGUGAACCAUUUGUGUCAUAUACUUUUUUUUCCGGGUGGUUUUGUAUAUUAAUAAUAAUCAAUAAGUUAAAACUUUUUGUAUAAAUUCUUGCAUGUAACAAUUUUUUCAUUUAUCUGAUAUUUUGUAAAAUAUAUUGAGACAUGCUUAUAAGAGCAUUGAACGUAGGAACAAGAUUUCCCUGAUU